AAUGACAAUACGGGAAUUCUGAUCAUCGCACUCGCUCAGCUAUUCUUUUCAUGUAUGAAUAUCAGUGCUAAGCUACUGAGUGGGUAUGGAGUACCGGCACUGGAGAUCGUGUUCGUCCGAAUGAGUAUAACAUAUGUACUUUCCAUUGCGUACAUGUGGCACAACGACAUCCCGGACUUCAUCCUCGGACCACCCGGCAUCCGUCUCCUCCUCAUCAUCCGCGGCGCAAUUGGCUUUUGGGGUUUGUUCGGAAUAUACUAUUCCCUCCAAUACCUUUCGCUGUCAGAUGCCACCACGAUCACCUUCAUGGCUCCGAUAUUGGCGGGAAUCUUGGCUUGGUGGUUUCUUGGUGAGCCGUAUACGCGGGUCGAGGCAUGCGGAGGACUUGUGAGUUUUCUUGGGGUGGUUUUGAUUGCAAGGCCAGCGUCUCUGUUCUCACAUACACAAGAUGCUCCGGUAUCUUCGCCUUCAAACGAUCCAGGGGUCAUUGGUUCUGAAGCUGUGUCGGAGGCCGAUCAGACACACAGACUUUACGCCCUCGGCAUCGCCCUACUCGGCGUACUCGGCGCAGCAGGUGCCUACACCGCGAUCCGUGCAAUCGGCAAACGCGCUCACCCCCUCAUUUCCGUCUCGUACUUCGCCCUCUACUCCACUAUUUUCUCCUGCAUCCUUUCCCUCAUCUUCCACACACCUUUCCACUUCCCUCUCAACCCCAUCCCAAUCAUCCUUCUCCUCGUCAUUGGCGUCUCGGGAUUCGCUGCACAGUUUUUCUUGACGAUGGGGCUGCAGAGGGAAAAAGCUGGUAGGGGAACGAUGAUGGUGUAUCUGCAGUGUGUGAUUGCGUUUUUGGGGGAGUGGGCUGUAUGGGGACAUGUUCCCGAUAUUUGGAGUUGGUUGGGUGCGACAUUCGUCUUGGGAGGUGCCAUUUGGGUUGCGAUCACGAAGGCAAAGAAAGGAGAG